AUACGAAUGGGUAUAUACCCGACAGUGCUUAAUAUUAUACAACCAAACCUACAGCGUGUAUCGUCCCACCGCCGCGCAGGAGAAAAUUUGCACAGAGAGCAAUUGUUUGCCCAGCACUAUCAGCAUUGGACUGUGGAUUACGGUGCCGGCUAUUGUCAAUAAUACCCAACAGUGUUCCCCUCUGUAUCGUGUAUAUCUAUAUACGGUGUACCUGUACCUCCGUAUCGCGCGGUAUUCGCGUAAAUGUUCUGCUUUUAACCAGCCACUGCAGGUGGAGAAAAUGCUGAUUAUACAGUGGUAGUGAUAAAAACCCGCCGUGUAUGGUCGCGGCGAUUUGAUAAGGAUGAAAUAUAUUUGAUUCAGGGCAAAAUGUUAGCGCGGAUAAUAUGGAUUGUGAGUGGACCCGGUGUGACUCUUUAUACAUAAUACCGCUAUUGCCGGUUAUCACGAGGUUGUAUGGUAAUUUUCUCGCUUUCUCGUCCCGAUCGCUUAUACGUCGCGCCGGAAUGUGGAUCAGCCGAAAGCUGUGCGGAUUAAUUAUGAUAUCAUUUUAAAUUUCGUGGAUCUUCGUAAUUUUGUCCUAAAGCGUUUCCGACGGGAUUAUUGCGUAAUUGUUCAAGAUAAUUGUUCCAGUCGCUGUCGCGGAGGUGGGUUUAUUGACCGAUCCACCGCCAAUAUAAUCUGUAACACCGCUGUCAACAGCGACCUCUGCACUUCUUCACCCCUCACCAUGACCAACCACAACACCAUCCUCCUCACCGAAGUCCCGGCGGCCACGCCCAUCCUGGACCCGACCCUCCUGCUCAGCGACGGUGACCGGGACCACAGCUACGCCUGCCACCGCCGUCACCGCUCCUCCCCGCCGUCCCUCUUCCCCCGGACCCCCUCCGAGACCGUCCUCCUCCAAGCGCCCGACCUCCUGGACCAGUCGCCCACCUGCCGGGAGAACGUCGCCGACGACAUCGAGUUCGAGGAGGUCGUCCCGUACGUGGACGUCUUCGUGAUCUUCGGCUACCUCCUCCUGCAGGUCUUCGGCUACCUCAAGGACCUGUGCCGGCGGAUGGGAUUUGAGAAGAGCAUGAUCGCCCGGGAGGACGGGAACGAGGGCUUCACCCCGCUGUACAGCAACUGGGAGGCCUUCCUAACCCGCAACAUCUACAUGCGCAUCCGCGACUGCUGGAACCGACCCAUCUGCAGUGUCCCGGGGGGAAAGGUCACGGUGAUGGAGCGCUCCACCCCGGAUAGUGGGUGGAGUUUCCAGCUGACCGGGAAGAAACUGGACACGAUCAAUAUGGGGUCGUAUAAUUAUCUGGGGUUCGCCGAUAAGGUGGGUCCGUGUGCGGAGGACGCCGGCCGCGUGAUCAGCACCUACGGGGUGGCCAACUGCACGCCCCGCGAUGACCUCGGGACGCAGCCGGUGCAUGUGGAACUGGAGGAGCUGGUGGCGGAGUUCCUGGGGUGUGAGGCGGCGGUGACGUUCGGGAUGGGGUUUGCGACGAACAGUAUGAAUAUACCGGGGCUGGUGGAUAAGGAGUGCGCCGUGCUGAGUGAUGCACUGAAUCACUGCUCCAUCGUCACCGGUGUGCGGCUGUCCGGAGCCACCGUCAAGCCCUUCAAGCACAACGAUAUGCAGGAUUUGGAGAAGCGUCUGCGGGAGCUGGUCAUACUGGGACAUCCGCGGACGCGACGACCUUUCAAGAAGAUUUUGAUCAUCGUGGAAGGUCUGUACAGUAUGGAGGGCUCCAUCUGCAAACUGCCGGAAAUCAUUGCCCUGAAGAAGAAAUACAAAGCCUACGUGUUCCUGGACGAAGCGCACAGUGUGGGCGCCAUGGGCCCGCGGGGCCGCGGCAUCGUCGACUACUUCGGCCUGGACUCCCGCGACGUCGACGUCAUGAUGGGGACCUUCAGCAAAUCCUUCGGCGCGGCCGGCGGCUACAUUGCCGGCUCGCAUGACCUCAUCGCACACCUCAAAGACACCUCCGGCGGGAUGAUCUACUCCUCGGCCAUGGCGGCGCCCGUCGCCCAGCAGAUCAUCACGUCCAUGCGCAUCAUCAUGAACAAGGACGGCACCGGCGAGGGGAUGCGGCGGAUCCGGCAGUUGGCGGAGAACACGCGUUAUUUCCGCAGUGAACUGAAAAAGCGCGGUUUUAUUGUCUACGGACAUAAGGAUUCGCCGGUGGUGCCGCUGCUGCUGUACUACCCGACCAAAGUGGCCUGUUUCGGACGGUUCAUGCUGCAGCGGGGCGUGGCCGUGGUGGUGGUGGGGUUUCCCGCCACCCCGUUGCGGUUGGCGCGGGCGCGCUUCUGUAUGUCGGCAGCGCACAGCAAAGCCAUGCUGGAUGAGGUCCUCACGGCGGCCAAUGAUGUGGGUGAUAUUUUGAAUAUUAAGUAUUCACGGAUACAUGGCAAGUACAAAGCGGAUAACUAUGUCGAUGCGGAGUAGUGAUGAUGUUGAUAAUUAUAAUGGCAAAUAUGGAACGUGGGUGUUUUGUUACUGGUUUAGAGAUUUGUUUUUAUAUGCGGAGCAGUUUCUUUUUUUUCAUUGAACGAAGGGGCUGUGAUUUUUUCCUGGAGUGUCCUAAUUGCCAAUUGUACAGAGUGGAUGUUUUCUUUUUUAUAAUGGCGGUAGAAUAAUUAUUUUCGUACGUAUUUAUUUUUUCUGUGGAUGAUUUAUAAUAAGAAUAAGGGAUUGUGCAAAAUGACGUGCUGUGGUACCAAACUGAAAACUUCUGGUGACGUGGUGGAAGUUAUACAGGGUCAUGUACUGUACGAGUAAACUGUACGAGUAUGG